GGACGACGGUGUAAAGCCUAUCACCUGCCUCGCUGUUACACUGCAGCUAUACACAGACUGGCACCGCACAUGCAUGAAGAGCUCUCUUUGUUUUGCUUCCCUCUUACAGGUGAUGAUGAUGAUGAUCAUGAUGAUGAAGCUGUGGAAUUUGCUUUUUCUGUUUUGUUUUCUCAACCCCGAAGCAGAAGGUCACAUCAGCCUGCCGAUGAAUCACACUGUUGUGGUAGAACUGGAUUCAAUGAGCAGCAAAGUUACCAACGUCUCGCUACACUGUGGCGAGGCCUUCAAGGAUCUCGAGGUCUACUGGGAGAAGAAGAAUCUGCGGCGAGGCACGGGCGUCCAGCUGAACAUCAAGGUGGAGGACUUUCUGCAUGGGGGCAACUACACCUGCCACCGCAAGGAUAACAAAGAAGUGCUCAACUACACCAUGGUUCUGAUCCACAAGACGAGAGACAGCCAAGGAGACUACCCGAAAACAAUCCUGCAGAAGCUUUCAGAGAAAAAUUACAUUAAAUGUGAGUCCAACAGUCACUGUGGAAAAUUUGAGUGCUCCUGGAAUUUUGAUGUCAAUUCACGAGGUGUCGAAAUCGUGGCCAGUGCCCACCGGUCAUCCGGGUCUUCAAUGGAUGGCAGCAUCCAGUGCACUAUCGGCACAAAAGAGAAGAACAAAGCCCUAUGUGAAGAACUGCGUUUUUGCCCUUACCGAGAAGAGUCGGACCAGGUCACAUUUGUGAUGCACAUCAUCCACGGCACACAGCUAGAAGAGUACGUUGAAAAAUUCUUCUUGUCAGACAUCGUAAAGCCAGAUAAGCCUCAAGACAUCGAGAAAAAGAAUGCCAGCACUGUCGUGUGGAAAUAUCCCAGUACCUGGAACCAUUCCUCUACCUUCUUCCCUCUGUACUUUGAAGCCAAAGCCAUCAAAGGAGGAAAAAACUGUGAUGAUGAAAGCGGGCAAAAGAGAAGGAAGGAGAGCUCAACUAGUGUCUUCACUGAAGAUCUUCAUUUCAGCAGCAGAUGUUCAAAGUGUACUGUCUGCAUUCGGGCGAAGGACAGGUUCCACAACUCUUCAUGGAGUGAGUGGAGUUCAGUGAACAUUCACCUGGGGUACUGGAAGAAACGAGGAGGACUUGGAAACCUUUAUUGAAGACUGUAGCAGCUGUGCCCAGUGGAGGGCGGGCG